CAAAAAUAACCAGAGAUGUCUGAGAACAAGUUGCUUCCACAAACCAAAACACGGUCCCUUCGUGGUGACGUGGCAAUUGGGCGUCGCAGAGUUAAAUCGUCACCUGAGAGUUGCCAUGGGAUAAAUGAAAUUCAUGAAAGGAAGAUCAAAAAUCAACACCAUCCUGAUAGCUCUGGGCAAACACUUGUGUAUCCGGUAUGCAGUUCUGAAACGGGAACAGAUGCAGUUGAAGACAAGGAUGUUUUUCAGAAUAUUUAUGAUGCUCAGCAGCCAUACCAGAAUAUGAGGCCUCUAGAGGAGAAGCCAUGGAGGAGACCAGGGGCUGAUAUCUCUAAUUACUUUAACUAUGGUUUUGAUGAAGAAAGCUGGAGGGCAUACUGCGCUAAGCAAUAUAAAGUACAAGCCUUUCAAAGACAUAUUACUAAAGUCAUGAGGCAGCAGGCUGAAUAUGAAGAAGCAGCGUCUCGGCGAUCUGCAUCAGGAAGACCAUCUCAGAAAUCCAGCAGAAGAAAGAAAGCUAAAUGUACAAGGAGAAGAGGCAGAGCUGGGAGCAGAAGCAAAGCGGAAGCGUGCCUUUUUGGCAGCAAUGCUGCCAAAUAUACUCAGGAGGCUGGUGGGAUUACCCACAAGAAGAACAAUGUUGCCAAUUUCGAUUUGCAUCAUUCACUGAAUGUCAACACUCUGCUCCCCUUUGUGCCUCCACAAUCUUCCUCUUUCCAGCUGUAUCAACCUGUGUCCUCCUCUAGCAUGCUGGGCAGCGGUAACACUGGAAACUUUGAUCAGCCCUCAACUUCAUCGAAUGCUGAUUUUGUAGGGAGAGGAAGGAAGCCAGUGGAGCGCACUGAACAUGUGAAGAGACGUCGCAGAAUUGGGGGAGUCACUGGUAAAAAGAAGCAGAGAGAUGAAAAGGAGAGAGCCCAAAGAAACAUCAAGGAUUAAAACUCACAUAUUCCCAAAGAGUAAAGAUGAAAUGAUAAAAAAAAAAGAUCUAUCAUUGAAUUAUCUCUUUACUUUUAGUAUCAGCAGGCAUAGGGACAUAAGUGGGAAAAAUGACAGCGAGGAAAGGAAGACAAGAUACUAUAAAGCAAAGGCCAAAUAUGUUGAAAGGCCUUGGAAAGCAACUCUACUAUCUAAGAAAAGAAAUGAAUAUUUCAAUGAGCAUAUGAAUAACAAAUCUGCUUGAAAAGAAUUAUCUCUAAAGGUUUUAGAUUGUAAAAUUGAUUUUUUUUCUCUUUAUAAUCCUCAAAGUUCUCUGCUUAUUGUUAAUUUUCUGGUUGUAGCUGUUUUAAUCCAUGUGAAAUCGAAAAGUCUGAACUCUUUUUGCCAAAUGAUUUUUAUUGAGCCUUUUACCAUCAGAUAUACUACACAGGCCGAAGCGUGACAGACAGAACCACAGUAAAGAGACCUCAGGCCAUCCACUGUUACACAGAAACCUACUCAAUUUUUUUCUUGAAAGUAAGAAAAUUAGUAAGGCCUCCACAAAUGUUCCUAUUU